CGGAAUGGUACCUCUCAAUGAUUGAGGAGGCAAGGAAGCAAAUGGCUAUCACCGCCUGUACAUGUUUGCUCCUCCUGAUGACAACCAAAAUAACUAUUCAAUCUCUUCUUUUUGCCAUCUAAUACCCGAUAAAGACUAAACAAUGGAUUUAUGAAAUGCAAGUUGUUGCCCAAAUUUGCAACAAAAUCUUCAAAAAAAGUAGGGUGACUCAGAUUUCCAUCAUAUGGAGACCGUACUGAAUUGGCAUAUUGGCCAUUGGUGGGGUUCUCUACUUUUUAUAUAUACACCGAUUUAGUUGUUUGAGAUUAAAACUUCACUUAGCAAUUUUUAGUGAUUUUUCUGUAAUUGGUAAAGAGAGAUGGCAGGCUCAUCUGCAACACCUUGCUUGCAUCAGCCUGUUAGAUCCAUUAGCUUGCCAUCAAGGCUACACCCAAAUUCUCAGAAGAUUGAAGAACAAUUAAGCAAGCUAAAGACUUGGAAAUUGUCAUCCACUUCAAUGGGUAUUCCUCUAGCAAGGGAGACAAUUCAAUUGGGUUUGACUGGGCUAGCUGAGUUGUAUAACUCAAUCAAGGAACUCUUUCACUCUCCACUAACCCAAAACGCCCUUCUCCAACAUGAGUGCAGAAAACUAGUCGAAGAGACACUUGAUGGGUCAAUUGGUUUGCUAGAUGCUUGUGGCACUGCAAGAGACUUACUCCUAAACAUGAAAAAACAUCUUCAAGACCUUCAAUCAGCAUUCAGAAGGAGAAGUACUACAGAUUCGAGCAUCGAAACCAACGUGCAAGCUUAUAUCACCUUUAGAAAACUGGCAAAAAAGGACAUUGUUAAGAGCAUUAGAGCGUUGAAGUCAAUGCAUACCAAUGCUGUAGCAUUCAAUUAUCUCUUAAAUGUAGAUCACCAUAUAUUAAUGGUGAUCAAAUUGUUGAGAGAGUUAAGUACUCUCACUAUUUCUAUUUUUUGGUCCCUCUUAAUGUUCUUAUCCGUGCCAGUGAUGAAGACAAAGGCUAAUGGAUGGUCUUUGAUUUCAAAACUGGUGCCUGUAACAUUUGCAGGGUCAGAGAGAGCUCAAAAAGUGUUCAAUGAGGUGAGCAAUGUUGAUAUUGCUCUCUGCUACUUGGAUGGAAAUUUCCGGAAAAAUGGUGCCAAGAUCGAUGUGCAAAUGGUGCAGAGGAGAUUAGAGACACUUGAUGGCGUUGUUGAUGGUCUUGAGGGUGGAUUAGACUGCCUCUUUAGAUGCCUAAUACAACAUAGAGUCUCCCUCCUUAAUCUUCUCACACCUUGAAAAAGGAUUAAAAAAAAAAUAAAAAAAUAAAAAAAUAAAAAAAAUGGUAUCUAAAUUUGUACAUCUCUAACCUGUCAUGGCAUCCGA